UGGUGUGUUGGAGAUCGCGUGAACGCGCAGCACUCUAAUCCCGCCGCGGUGUCCUUCUGCAACACUCCUGCUCGCCGAAGUUCUCUCUGCUCUCCCGUGUCGUGUGGGUCGGUUGAAGGGCUUUCGGAGCAGGAACAAGAGGAACGCGACUCUCCACAAUGGCGGCCAUUCUCCUCCGGUCCCUUAUAAACAAGAAGGCCCCCAUCCAGCUGGGUCGCGUGUGUUACUCCUCCUCCUCAGUGCCCACCACCAAGCUGUUCAUUGAUGGCAAAUUUGUGGAGUCCAAUACGUCUGAAUGGCUCGACAUUCACAACCCUGCCACUAAUGAGGUGGUUGGACGUGUUCCCAAAGCCACCCAGGAGGAGAUGCAGGCAGCUGCCGACUCCUGCUCAAGAGCCUUUCACUCCUGGUCGGAGACGUCCAUCCUCAGCAGGCAGCAGGUCUUCCUGCGCUACCAGCAGCUCAUCAAGGACAACAUUAAAGAACUGGCAAAAAGUAUCACCCUGGAACAGGGCAAAACUCUGGCUGAUGCAGAGGGAGACGUAUUUAGAGGACUGCAGGUGGUUGAGCACGCCUGCAGCAUCACGUCCCUCAUGCUGGGGGAAACCUUACCCUCCAUCACCAAGGACAUGGACACCUACACCUACCGCCUGCCCAUCGGAGUGUGUGCCGGCAUCGCCCCGUUUAACUUCCCCGCCAUGAUUCCUCUGUGGAUGUUCCCCAUCGGCAUGGUGUGUGGCAACACCUACCUGAUGAAGCCCUCUGAGCGGGUCCCAGGGUGCACCAUGCUCUUGGCCAAAAUGCUUCAGGAUUCGGGGGCACCAGAUGGUACUCUCAACAUCAUCCACGGCCAGCACGCAGCGGUGAACUUCAUCUGUGACAAUCCAGCCAUCAAGGCCAUUAGCUUUGUGGGAUCCAACCAGGCUGGAGAGUACAUCUACGAACGGGGCUCCAAGAAUGGGAAGAGAGUGCAGUCCAACAUGGGCGCAAAGAACCACGGUGUGGUGAUGCCUGAUGCCAACAAAGAGAACACCAUCAACCAGCUGGUUGGCGCUGCCUUCGGAGCGGCUGGCCAGCGCUGUAUGGCUCUCUCCACUGCCAUUUUUGUCGGGGAGUCUCGCAAAUGGCUCCCAGAGCUGGUGGAGCGCUCCAAAUCCCUACGUGUAAACGCAGGGGAUCAGCCUGGUGCAGACGUGGGUCCCCUGAUCUCCCCCGAAGCCAAGACCCGGGUGGAGUCUUUGAUCCAGAGCGGCGUGGAAGAGGGAGCCAAGCUGCUGCUAGAUGGGAGAAAUGUCAAGGUCAAAGGAUAUGAAAAUGGCAACUUUGUAGGACCGACCAUCCUGGGAAAUGUUACGCCGGACAUGACGUGUUACAGAGAGGAGAUCUUUGGACCAGUGCUCGUCGUCCUGGAGGCCGACAGUCUGGACAAAGCCAUUUCUUUGAUCAACAAUAACCACUACGGCAACGGCACCGCCAUCUUCACCACCAAUGGGGCCACGGCGCGCAAAUACACACAUGAGGUGGAUGUCGGCCAGAUUGGUGUGAAUGUGCCCAUCCCUGUCCCCCUGCCCAUGUUCUCCUUCACUGGCUCCAGAGGUUCGUUCAGAGGAGACACCAACUUCUAUGGCAAGCAGGGCAUCCAGUUCUAUACUCAGAUCAAGACGGUGACGUCACAGUGGAAGGCUGAGGAUGCGACGGUGACGAGCCCCGCUGUUACCAUGCCAACCAUGGGGCGCUAAACAAAAUUGACUGCGUCCAUGUUAGCUUUCACUGACUUCUCAUAUGCCUUAAACACCAGGAGGGAUUGGAAGGAAAAAAAAAGGUUACAUGUCCUUUAUACUGUUGAGAAAUGUUCACACUGGGGAUUGUUGGUUGGUGAUUGUUCGAACUUUGGAAGAUCCUGGACACUGUUGCACAAAAAUGCAUUAAUAAUAGAAAUGAAACCGCAUCUAGAGACUGGUGAGUUGAAUUGGACUGAUGCAAUGAGUGUUGCUGUGAGUCUCUUUGUGAGGUUUGUUGUAUUUUUGUCCCUGUUUUCUCUUGUUCCUACGCUGUAACUGACCCAGUCGACCAUGGUCAAUCAUUUCAAUGAUCCUGUCUGUGCUCUGAUAUAGCCUUUUUUUCUACCUAAAGGAGAAAUCCUUUAAGGAUCAGGGAUCCUGCUGCUGAGCAGUGACGUCAACUGUCUUCCUCCUGUAUCCUCUGUGAUUCUUCACCUUGUUGUGUGUAUCAGAGCUUUGGGGUAGAUGGACAAGUUGAUAUAAAUGGAACAAAUGCUACAUCAGAACCAAUAUACUCUCAUUCUGUUACUCCAUGUAAACUGAACCGAUGGUUGAUGCUCAUCACUUCUAGAUGCAUGUCCUACUAUUUUCUGUCCAGGGGUGGGAUCAGUGUCAGAUAGAGGUUCAGAGUUUUUUACUGAACUGUUAGAUUAACACUUUAUUUUUGGUCGAGAAUGGUAUAGAAGUUUAAUUGAUUUACCUGAGCCACUUCAAAUGUCGUCCCUUUGACUCCUCUCUUUGGUCUUGUGGCUGUAAAUUAAGAUAAUAAUUUGCCUCAAUCUAUUUGAGUCAGUAGAUAAUAUUGAAUAAAGACAUUGCAUUUGA